CAAUGGAGAAAAGUGAACGGUUUUCAGAAUAUCUGUUUGCGAAGAUGGGCCCUGGAGAUCGCGGGCCGAAGACUACGGAAGACCGGGAGGCCCCUGUAGAGCUGAAAGGGCUGAAGAAAUGUUUGAUGAAGAAUAUUAUGCUGGUGAUUACCCUAGUUGGGGUAUUUGCAGGGAUUACUUUAGGUAUAAGUCUACGUGCCUACAAUCUAAGUCCAGAAGCACUAUUAGUUAUUUCGUACCCUGGAGAAAUCUUCAUGAGACUUCUGAAGAUGAUGAUCUUGCCCCUAAUCAUUGCCAGUCUGAUUGCCGGCUCAGCAAGUCUUAACGCAAAGAUGAGCGGAAAAAUAGCCUGCAGAACUCUUCUUUACUUUAUAAUAACGUCAAUGUUUAACGCUUUCUUGGGGAUUGUAAUGGCCGUAAUAAUACAUCCUGGACAGCCUGAUUUGAGAUAUGAUGUUGGACCUCCAGCGGAGAGUACUCACGAACAUUCAAUUUUGGACAGCGUUUUGGAUAUAGGACGAAACAUCUUCCCCGAUAACAUAGUUCAAGCCUCAUUCCAGCAGGCGUACACGGCGUAUAUGCCGCCCACAACGUCGUUUGGCAAAACGCAGAACGACUCCAUUGUUCGGUUGGUUCCAGUGGUAGCUUAUCGAUCAGGCACCAACACACUCGGUCUCGUCUUCUUUUGUCUGGUUUUCGGCAGCUGCCUUGGCACCAUCGGUCCCAAGAGCCGUGUGGUUAUUGACUUCUUCCAAGCAGUCUUCGAGGUCAUUAUGAAGAUGGUAACUGGCGUCAUGUGGUUCACACCAGUUGGCAUUGGUAGUGUUAUUGCUGGAAAGAUUCUGGGGGUCAACAAUGUUGGUCAGGUGUUGUCCCAACUAGGCUGGUUCAUUGCAACAGUGACGAUUGGUAUCUUCCUAUACCAACUGAUUGUGUUGCAGCUUGUAUACUUCGCUUUCUUAAGAAAAAAUCCUUUCAAGUAUUAUUGGGGAUUGUCACAUGCCAUGUUAACUGCAGCUGCCACUGCUUCUACGGCAGCAGCUCUCCCAGUUACAUUCCGAGCAAUGGAAGGUCCCCUUAGGAUUGACAAACGCAUCACUCGCUUCGUUCUCCCCAUCGGAUGCAAUAUAAACAUGGACGGCACAGCACUCUUUCUUGCAGUAGCCAGUAUAUUUAUUUGUCAAAUGAAUAAUAUUCAUUUGGGGAUGGCCCAGCUAGCAACUAUUUUUCUAACAUCAACGGCAGCGUCAUUGUCGUCAGCAUCUGUUCCGUCAGCAGCAAUGGUUCUGCUGUUAGUGGUACUGGCUGCAGUGGAUGCGCCCACGCAUGAUGUUUCUUUGCUCUUCGCUGUUGAUUGGUUGGUAGACCGGAUACGAACCACUAAUAACAUGCUGGGCGACUGUUACACGGCAGCCAUCGUCGAGAGUCUGUCCAAAAACGAACUUAUGGCAGCUGAUGCUGUUUCCAUAGAUCCUAACGGCGUCCAAACUUCCAAUAGUGAACUGGGCAUUAAUACGCCUGGUAAGAAGUCUGUUAUCUCCGAUGACGUCAUUAUUGAUAUGCAUUUACACCACUAGGUGUUCAGGAUGUACCAGUGUUGCUCAAUAGUCAUCUGUCUCUCCUUUUACUUUCUUUGAAUCUUAUUGACUGUUUUAGAAUUUUUAGGGUCUUUUACAUUGUCCAAUACUCAUAAAACAAAAUCAACAAACACAGUUUUAGCUAGAUCUUUGUAGAUGGAUUAUUUAUUUAUAAGGUUAGUUAUCAUAUAGAUCCCAAAAAUAAGAAUCUAAAUGUUCUGCAAAAAUUUGUAUUCUCAUGAUUUUUGGAUACCUUACAGUUAAUAGGAUUUGCUUAAAAUUAGAUGAUGGUGUCAGCACAUGGGUUUAUGAAACGAGCCAUUACUUAUCAAAAACCAUGCAAUCAAUUAUGGUUUUUGAUAAGUAAUAUUUUUGGUGACUAUGAGGAAAUUUAAGUUUUUAUAAUAAUGGAUAAUUAUUCUUGAACUUUUCUUGAGAGUCUGGAUUCAACCUUGCCAAAAUUCUUUUACCAAUGUUAUGUGCUUUUCAAAUGGUAUUUACCUAUAUUAUACUCCAGUGUCAAUUUAGAAAACAAUAAAAUUAUUCAUCUCUUUAAAAAUAAUUGCAUCUUACAUGUAUCUAAUUAACAUAUUAGAACAGACUGAUUCAAACUAGAUUGCAAAUUUUUACCUUUUAAUAUUUUUUUUUGUCUUUCUUAUGAAUUUAUGGACAUAAAAUUAUCACAAUGAAUUUAAAUACACAGUUGUCUAUUUC